GGACCCUGAAGGGUGACUCCUGCACAUCCUGACAACCCUGUACAGUGUGUUGAUGCCAUGUAUGAAAUGUGGAGAUGUCCUCCUCUCUUCACCCUGCUGAUGACUCCUCUCUGUUGCAGACUGGAAGGAUGCAGAUCUGAUGCGGGACAUCGAGGCGGCCACAGGAGAAGACCUGGGCUCUGACAGGCUGGGGAAGAAAAGGAAAGGGAAGAAGAAGAAGUACCCGAACCUCAGCGACCUGAAGCAGAGCACCAAUACGUCCCGCUCCAGGCUGGAGAAGAAAGUCCUCAACAAGAGCGCCAUGCGUAGAGUAGCGGAGGUGAUGAGUAAAGCUGACAGCAGGAAACAUGACAAGUUCUCCAACCAGUUCAACUACGCCAUCCACUGACCUGCAUUCACAUUGUGACUCUGAAGAAGAGAGGAACGUGAUUCUCAUAAUAAUGAGACUUAAAGAACUUCUGACACAUCUAAUAUCAAUUAUUCAGCCUUUAUACGCAUCGUUUACAUUUGGUAUAACUGAUUGAAUUUAAUGUUUAACUGCUCUUUGAAUUUGUUUUUAAACAUUUUGUUCAAGAUUAUGAAUGAAAAUGAUGAAGUUUAAAACAUUUGUGUGUGUGUGUUUUCAAAGUCCAUAUUUAUAUUUAUAAAUGUUUCAUUGGGUAAAUUUGUAAGUAAAUGUUUUGUUCUUAUUGUGAUCAGUUCAUUGAAAUUGAUAUUUUGGUUAUGAAGUGAGUGAACAUAUCUGUUGCACCUAUACAUUUGAGUUCUUACUCUUUUUCCUUACUGAUGGUAUGUAAUUUGGUGGUGUGUGUAGAGUCGACGGUGGAAGCAGGGAGAGGCAUAUACGUGCCUUGAUUCCUGCCGAGUCGACGCACAACUGUUGAUUGGUGUCAGUGCCCAAAAACUUUUUAGGAGCAAUGCGCUCAUGGUAUAGAUGUGGCGCAUACAUCUUAGUUCCUACUCUUUUCCCUCACCCUAUCCUAAGGGAGUGCAUGUACGUAGACACGUUGUGCGUCUCCAGCUCUGUUCCUUACUUCUUACUUGCUACCCAUUUCCCUCAACCUAUCCUAAGGGAGUGCAUACAUGUUAGUUUAGCUGCU